AUGGCCGACUUCGCUCAAGCCACCGACCUGCCUGCGUGGCAGGAGCUCAUCAACCAUCACAACCAGGUCGGCCGCCACCUGGUGCUGCGCGAGCUCUUCGAGAAAGACCCUGAGCGCUUCCAGAAGUUCAGCAAGACCUUCACCAACUCCGCAGAUGGAUCUGAGAUCCUCUUCGAUUUCUCAAAGAACUUCCUCUCCGAUGAGACGCUGCCUCUGCUCGUCAAGCUCGCCAAGGAAGCUGGCCUCGAGAAGAAGCGGGAUGCCAUGUUCGCCGGCGAGAAGAUCAACUUCACCGAAGACAGAGCUGUCUACCAUGUGGCUCUCCGCAAUACCUCCAACCAGCCUAUGGCGGUGGAUGGCAAGAGUGUCGUGGAGGAGACCAACUCCGUUCUUGACCACAUGAAGGAGUUCUCCGAGCAGAUUCGUAGCGGUGAGUGGAAAGGCUAUACUGGCAAGAAGCUCACCACCAUCAUCAACAUUGGUAUCGGUGGCUCCGAUCUCGGCCCCGUUAUGGUCACCGAAGCCCUCAAGGCCUACGGUGAUCGCGAUAUGACCCUUCACUUCGUCUCCAACAUUGACGGUACUCAUGUUGCUGAGGCUCUCAAGAACUCCGACCCAGAGACCACCCUCUUCCUCAUCGCCUCCAAGACCUUCACCACUGCCGAGACGGUGACCAAUGCCAACACUGCAAAGAACUGGUUCUUGCAGAAGGCUAAGCAAGAAGACAUUGCCAAGCACUUCGUUGCUCUGUCCACCAACGCCGAUGAGGUCAGCAAGUUCGGUAUCGACCCCAAGAACAUGUUCGGCUUCGAGUCGUGGGUCGGUGGCCGUUAUUCCGUCUGGUCGGCCAUCGGUCUGUCGGUCGCCGUUUUCAUUGGCUUUGACAACUUCCAUCAGUUUCUUGCCGGAGCCCACGCCAUGGACCAGCACUUCCUCAAGACUCCUCUUGAGGAGAACAUCCCUGUCAUUGCCGGCUUGCUCUCAGUCUGGUACUCGGACUUCUUUGGUGCCCAGACGCAUCUCAUUGCUCCCUUCGACCAGUACAUGCACCGCUUCCCCGCCUAUCUGCAGCAACUCACCAUGGAGUCCAACGGAAAGGCGGUCACCAAGAGCGGCGACUACGUCAAAUAUACCACUGGUGCAGUCUUCUUUGGUGAGCCCGCCACCAAUGCUCAGCACUCGUUCUUCCAGCUCCUCCACCAAGGCACCAAGCUCAUUCCCUCCGACUUCAUCCUCGCGGCCGAGUCUCAGAACCCCGUUGAGGGUGGCAAGCACCAGCGCAUGCUGGCUUCCAACUUCUUUGCCCAGAUGGAGGCGCUUGCCAUUGGAAAGACGGAUGAGGAAGUGAAGGCUGAGGGCGCUCCCGACAGUCUGGUGCCGCACAAGGUCUUCAUGGGCAACCGCCCGACCACCGCCAUCCUCGCGCAGAAGAUUACACCUGGAACACUAGGUGCACUGAUCGCCUACUAUGAGCACAUGGUGUUCACCGAGGGUGCUGUCUGGAACAUCAACAGCUUCGACCAGUGGGGUGUGGAGCUAGGCAAGGCUCUAGCCAAGAAGAUCCAGUCGGAUCUCGAGACGGAUGGUGCUGGUGCCGGUCACGAUGCCUCGACGUCUGGCUUGAUCGCUGCUUUCAAGAGCAAGGCUGGCUUGAAGUGA